AUGGUGAAGUAUCCCACCUUAUACUGGACACCUUGUGCAGCCCAUUGUAUUAAUUUGAUGUUCAAGGACAUUGGUGAAAUGAACAAAGUGCAGACAUUGGUUUCUAAUGCCAAGAUGAUCACCAAUUUCAUCUACAAUCACAGCUGGGUGUUGGCAUUGAUGAGAAAGUACACAAAAGGUGACUUGGUGAGGCCAGCAGCAACAAGGUUUGCAACAAAUUAUAUUGCACUUGAUAGUAUUCAAAAACGGAAGGAAGGGCUAGUUAAGUCAUUCACCUCUAAUGAGUGGUUCAGUAGUAGAUAUGCAACCACUGAAAUUGGAAAAACUAUUCAAGAUCUAAUCACCUCAACAAAGUUUUGGGAAAGGAUAUACCGAUUUACUAAGAUUAUGCAACCACUAUUUGUGAUACUUAAAGUAGUUGAUGGUGAUAAGGCACAGACGAUGGGAAAUAUAGUGCAUUGUAUGGAAGUUGUCAAACAAAAGAUAGAAGAGGAGAACCCAAAGUCAUUUAAGGCAUUUUUGAAGAUAAUAAAUCGUCGAUGGGAAAAUAAUUUGGUUCAAGACCUUCAUCGGGCAGCCUAUUAUUUGAAUCCGGAUCUGCACUACAAGAAUAAUUUAAGGUUUAGGAAAGAUUUGAUGGAAUCUUUGAAGGAUGUUAUCAACAAGUUAGCUCCUAAUAUUGAUUCGGCAAAAGAUGCAAUUGAAGAGGUUAGUAGUCUACUAAACUUACAUAUUGAAUCAUUGAUUAAUAUUUAA